UGUCUGAGCAUCUGGUUGUGGAUCCUGUAAGCUCUAUGGAUUCCUCUGCUGUGGGCCGCGCUGGCUCCCUUUGCGUGGAGAACCCCUUCCUUCAUGCCUCGUCUCCCCCUUCGUUCACUCUCCAAAGUCUGGGGGAGUCUCGGGCCCGUCUCUUGCAGCCCGUUACUCCUUCUGCUGCGUGGCUCGCUUCAGUGAAACCUCCCAACACCAAGAGCCAGGCCACAUUGGACCACCUGUCAAAACCUUCUGCUCUGAGCGUCUUGGAUUUCAGGUGCCCCAGCUGGGUCCCUGAGCAGGAGACUGUUGUGGGUGCGGCAGAUGCCAUCGAUUCUGUGUGUGAAGUCGGCCUCUGGAAAGCAGAUCGUGUCCAGAGAGAAACGACAGAGGAUGGUGACAUUCCUGAGGAGAAAACGAUACCAGAACGUGGCUCAAAGCAAAGCAAAUCCAUGGCUCUGCUUUCCGCAGCCGAGGCCAAGACAUCUUUGUCGUAUUUUCCUUCCUCUAAACCGAAUCCUCUCUGGUUGGAGAACCCAUUCCUGAAGGAAGCCGCCCUGGCUUCUCUCACUCUUCAGGGGUUAGAGGAGUCCAGAGCUCGCCUGCUGCGUCCCGUCGUGUCCUCUGCUCCGCUGCGAUCCUCACUGAACACUUCAAAUACACAGUUCAGUUUCCCGCUGGGUCCACUGGAUGUCUCUGGCACCCUGACGUCUACGGAAUGCAGUACACAGAAUGAGGCUCACGUACCCUGCUGUGCACUGGAGCAGCUGCAACUUACGGCCGAGGGAGAGGGGGACAAGGUAGACUCAGCCGGCGUGAUGCCAGCAUACGUCCUGACAGUUCCCGAGGAUGCGCUGAAAGAACAGCCAACCGAGAGAGACUCCUUUGACCACGAGAUGACAGUGGACAGCCAAGAGCAGGAAGUGAGAAUGCACAAGAAACAACUGGUGGGCAUGCGGAAAGGUGUUGGUUGGCGCCGCAGCACCCAUGGGCACCACAUUGAGAACCCCUUCUCCAGGAAAUUUAACUUGUUUGAAACUAUGUCUGAAGUUGACAAUCCGUGA